CGUGAUCGGGGAAGGGGGAGUAUGUGAACUGUAUCCUGAGUUGCAGUCCUGUGCCUGCAUUCCUCUCAUCUAGGAUUUGCUUGAAAGGAGAAAAAAAAAAUCAUAAAUAAUAACAGACGCAGAUUGGAAUACGGCGGUAAAGCAUCUGUUUUCAAUCAGGACUAACCUUUUAAAGGACGUGAUAUCCCUGGAUGAUCGCCGAACUGGAUCUUUUUUGCUUUACGUGAAGCGUCUAUAUAAAGGGCAUACAAAUGAGAGGAAAAGUAAAUAGAUACGUCGUUUUUAAUUCGCGUUAAACAGGAAAACAAGAUGGCUGAUAAGCGAUAACAAGGGCCAAACGAUAUCGUCUCCUUUAAGAGCAACAAAGGUAUCUGGCUUUAAUACAUGAAUAUUUCAGGCGAGUUAGCUUCGUCAAAAUAAAAUACAUGACAUUAGGCACUAAAAAUGAACGCAAUCCGUCUCUGGUAAGUGCGACCAGGUAAACACCAGGCGAAACAUGGACAGGGAUCGCGUUAUGGAUCAUUCUAUAAUGUUCAAUCAACACAGAUAGCGAGAGAAUAGCUUUAAAAUCGCUGCUCUUUAGGGUUUAAUGCUACGAGAGCAUGUUGGCAUGCGAGUAUACGCGUCAAUUGUUUGUUCAUUCAAAGUCGCGUCACGGCAAUAGAUAAAUGGUGUUUCUAGCUUUACCGUAUAGUUGUAGGGGACAGAAAUCCUAUCGAUAUAGUGUUACACGAGCAGCACAGAGGCUCAGGUCUACUUUUUUAAUAAUUCCAGCAGGGCAAAUGUCAUGUGCCCAGAGCACAAAUCAAAUGCGUGAUCGACUGCUUCAGUAAAUGCGUACGAAAGGACGUUUUCAGGGCUUCAAGAACUUGUGGCGUCACCCUUUUCCUGUUUUAAAUCUAGCAAAUGACUAUAUGCUUCCGAUGAUUAGACAUUUUCACAUGGAUUUAACUGAUCUUAUCAUGAGUGACAUUGGACUUUAGACGAUAUCGUAGCCUUUAACUAGUAGUUUAGUUGUCUUUCAGCGGAUAGUCGGGCAUCUGUCAGUUAACGUUAGGCUUUUAACGUACGCGACGUCUCCGGUGUUUGAAUUGGUUGCCAUAAUUAAAGAUAAAUAAAUUACUUUUUAUAUUUAAUUCACACUUUACUCAGUCAUCGAUUCUUCGUUAUCGUUUUUAACGAUAAAUGAUAUCAUUUACGGGGUAUUUGAAGAAUAAUAGCCUAUUUACAGGUAAAGAAACAACAAUUUGUAAUAUAUCGGUUGGAUAUUUCUUUUUAAAAAAAUAACGGUCAUUCAUUCUGAAGGGAGAAAUGUGUAGCUUAACAAUCAAACAAAGAUGAAAAUUAAUGUGCCAAUAUUUGGAUCACAAAACAACUUUAAAUAAAUUAAAUCACUAUUAUUAUUGUGAUAAUAAAUAUCCAUAAUGCAUAUUAUGUUUUAUUUGCUUCAUUUAGUUAUUCGUCUGUCAAAAUAAUAAUUAAAAUCGCUUAUAAAGUUCGUAAAAAUAGCAACCAUAGUCAUUUUUCAUAUUAGGAUCAUUUUAAAUUGUCGCUCUUUCUGAAUUAUAGUUUAGUCAAAUAAACAUUUGCCUUUAAAAAAAAAAAGAAAAAAAAAAAGAAAAGAAACCCUGGACGUCAGAUUCCUUCAUUCACGCCCGACUGUGGUAUUUGAUUGCUGACUAACUUUGCCAGAAGCAGAAACGCUCCCUUGGCAUAUUUUGGGUCUUUAUCAACAGCUGUUUCUCUGGGGCUUCUGUGCUUGUAUGGUCUUCAUCAACUGCCCUAACAUCUGGAUAUAAAUGAAGGAGUCGCGAGAAUGAGCGAAACGUUGUUAGGACGGUGCUAGAACUUGAUGUUUGCCUUCCACGAGCGGAACAACUCAAAACUGGAUGUCUGAUCAAAUGGCUGAGAUGGCUGAGAGCUGGCGGAACUGCUUUGAGGAGGAACUCAUAUGUCCCAUUUGUUUGCAUGUGUUCGUGGAGCCUGUGCAGCUGCCGUGCAAACACAACUUCUGCCGGGGCUGCAUCAGCGAGGCCUGGGCCAAAGACACGGCCAACGUGCGCUGCCCGGAGUGCAACCACGCGUACAACCAGAAACCAAACCUGGAGAAAAACAUCAAACUCAAUAAUAUUGUGGAAAAAUUUAACGCGCUGAACGUCGAAAAAGCGCCGGCCGUUCUGCAUUGCAUUCUGUGCAGGCGAGGGCCUCCUCUUCAAGCGCAGAAAGUGUGUCUUCGUUGUAAUGCACCGUGUUGCCAGUCUCACAUCCAGACGCAUCUCCAGCAGCCCUGUCCAGCUCCUGGACAUAUACUGGUGGCGGCUGAGGAGGUCCGGGCCUGGAGCUGCCCGCACCAUGACGAAUACAGACUGUAUCACUGCGAUGUGGAACAGGUGGCGGUCUGCCAGUACUGCUGCUUCUCCAGAUGUGCGCCGAACCAUGGCCAUGCGGUGCGCGACGUGGAAGUACGACGCAAUGACAUCAGGCAUAUGUUAAUGAAGCAGCAGGAUCGCAUUGACGAUCGAGUGAAAGACAUCGAGGAGCAGCUGUAUAAGUUGGAGUCUGACAAAGUACUGGUGGAGGAUAAGGUACAGCAGCUGAAGGAGGAGGUGCGUGUGCAGUAUCACAAAAUGCACCAGCUCUUAGAAGAUGACCUGGGGAGAACUCUGGAGGUGCUGGAUAAAGCACACACCAAAUACUGCCAGGAGAACUCAACCCAAACCCUCCAGCUCAAUGCACGCCGUCAGGAGGCCAAGAAACUGCUCAGCUCUGUCCAAGUUGUGUUUGACAAGGCGGAGAAUAUUAACAUCAUGAAGAACACAAAACCAGUGAAAAUACUCAUGGAUAGAUCAACAUCAUGUACAGGCAGUGUUCUGCCUCCUUACAAAGUGGGUCAUCUUAAUUCUAAAAUAUUCCUGUCUGAAGUCUCAAAAAAGGAAAAGAACUUGAGAAAAAUACUGGAAGCACCAUUCAGUACUCCCUCACACUUCCUCCAGAGCAUAUCUGUCCACCCCUCCAGUGCGAAUACCUCCGGGGGUGAGAAACGCAAACACUCCACGGCCUUCCCUGAAAGCAGCACCAGCCUGCUGGAUUCCUCGUCAGGCCCCAUGAGCAAACAGCAGUUCCUGGGUCAAGGUUCCAGCUCCACCGACGGGCCGACGUCACAGCCGCCCAUGGCUCCCUGUAGCUCCACCCAGCACAUCGUAGGCCUCAGCAGUAGCAGCAGCGCCCAGUCGGUCCAUCAUUCCAGCUCUGUUUUUACUCCAGCUGACUACCCCAAUCCCAGCUCAUCCCAGCAGGCCAUGCUGCCACAGUACGGUGGGCGUAAGAUUCUCAUGUGCACGAUGGACAACUGCUACUGCUCUAGCGUCCCCUCCAUAUCGAACCACCGCGGCCAUCCUCCCUACCCUCGCUCGGGAUCUUUCCCUUGGACACAGGAGUACUCGCACCCCCUGCCCUCCACGGCCUCAAUGUCCCAGCCCCUCCAAGGGCUCUCCAUGCACGACUGGAUCGACGCCUCACAGAGCCACAGGCACCCCGAUUUCUAUGGAUUGUAUGGGCAAUCUUCCACUAAACCAUACGUCACCAGUUAACCUUCCACCGCAUCUCCGGUUUAUCUCCGAUAACUCAGAUAAUUUCCUUCAUAGACAUUUUUUUUCCCGCCUGUUUUUCAAAAUCAGGCUUGUUAACAUCACAAUUAAAAGGAAAACAGCACUUUCUAUCAUGCAAUGCAAGCCUCUCGGCUUCAAAACACCAAUCUCUUCCAACUUAAGCAUUAAAACCUUGUCUGUCCCUGAGUCAAAUAAUAAGGGAAUCUUUCUUUGAGAAAUGUGGAGGCGGGACCCAGCUGAGUUUUUCAAAUUACAAACAGAUUUUGGAUAAUUGCAGAGGGUUCUGACCCAGAGCAGAUAAUGAUCACUUGUACAUGGAGUUAGUUUUAACUCCUUUCACUUCCCCUCUUCCUGCCUUUAGGGCAUCGGGAAUCUGGUUGGUUGUGCUAAAGAUUCCUUUUAACAUUGCUAUUAAACUUCUACAGUUUUAUUAUCAGUAGCUGGGGAAUAUUGUUAUUAAAAAAGAGGGAUAGAGUCUGUUUAUUAUUUAUCAUUUCACCUCUACUGCACCUUGAGAUUUUGGGCUUAAGUUUCUGCUGAACCGCUCCACAGGUAACCGCAAUUAUGGUUUGACGUGUUACUUACAUUCCUUAGAGGCCAGAAGUUCUUGUUUUUCUGUUAUGUUUACAAUUAUGUAUUAAUAUUUUUCAUUAAUUUUCGGUAGGCUGUAAAAGAUCAGUACAAAAACUCAGUCCAGGUUCUUUGGAGGCUUCACUCAAAGAGGUUCCACCAAGCAUGUCAUGAGCUAUUGCGUCUGAAGUACUUCUGGAUUCUGCUUCCUGUCAGAUAAUGUUAUUUCCUGCAUUUAAGCAAAUGUGAAGCAUGUUCAGGAUGAUUGGUGCCUAUACACACCUCUGAGUCUUAUAACGGUGUAGAUAUACUUCCUGUUUUAGUCGGUGAAGCCCUGUGUAGUCACCGUGGAACACUGAUUGUCAUGAACAUGCUGAAAAUCUUCCUGUUUGUGAUUGUAGGCAUGCAGGAAAGCCUUUCUGUGCACUCAGAACUCCAAAAAGACUCAACUGAGUGAGACUAGAGAACAGUUGACUUUUUUUCCACAUAUUUUAUACAAGAAAACUGGAUGGACUGCAUACAUUUGGAAAUCGAAAUAAAUGUGCUUCAAAAGAGUAUUAAAUGCUGGUUUAAACAGA